AUGCCUAUUGAUCUUGGAUUAUCUCGAAUCGUGAAGCUGCUUAAAGUUCUCGGCAACCCAGAUCUCACAGGUAACUUUAAGGCCAUACACAUUGCCGGCACAAAUGGCAAGGGCUCGAUAUGUACAUACUUAUCGCACAUUCUCUCCGAGAAUCAUAUAUCCAAUGGAAGAUUCACCUCCCCUCAUCUGUUAGUUCGAAGUGAUUCCAUUCAGAUUGAUAAUGUUCCUAUAGAUCCGGAGUCAUUCAGCAGUUACGAGACCAGGAUCAUUAAUAAAGACAAAGAAUUUAGUAUAGGCUGUACCGAGUUCGAACUACUCACGUGCGUAGCUUUUGAGAUUUUCAAAGAAAAGAAGGUGCAAGUUGCUAUUUUUGAGGUCGGAGUAGGAGGACGACUUGAUGCUACCAAUGUCCUUCAACCACAGAAGUUAAUGUGUACCGGUAUCGCUAAAAUCGGUCUGGAUCAUCAGAAUUUGUUGGGUAAUACCAUCGAGGUGAUUGCCACGCAGAAGCUUGGUAUACUGAAGGAGAAAGUGCCGUGCGUCAUCGAUGCAUCUAAUCAAGUCUCCAUACUAGAAUUGGCUCACCAGCGUGCAGCGGAAUUGCAUAGUCCUCUUUUUGAGGCUUCCAGUAACCUUGAUACUCAGUUUGGGUUCGGUAAGUUAGGCGAGUUCAAGACUCCUAUUCGCGGUAGUUAUCAAUACUGCAAUCUUUCCGUUGCCUUGAAGAUUGUCGAGGUGGUAAAAAACAGUGGUUUCCAUCAGAUUUCCAAAGAAGCCGUUCAAAGAGGUGUUUCAAAUACCAAAUGGCCUGGCAGAUUGGACGAGUUUGACCUUAGAAUUACUGCAACUCAAUCGAUACCUGUUUUAUUAGACGGUGCACAUAAUCCACAAGCCGUGACAGAAUUGGUGAAAUAUUUAGAUGGCUCGUAUCGUCAUUCGCAAUCCAAUCAGUCUGAGGACCUCAUCUAUGUAAUGGCUAUCAAAAAGGACAAGAGCUUACAGAGUAUGUUCCGGCAACUGUUCAGACCUCACGAUACUGUGAUCUUCACCCAGUUUAAAGGAGGUGUUGAAGGAAUGCCAUGGGUUUAUCCUACAACCCCAGAGUUACUUGAAAAAGAAGCUACAGGCCUUUCCCAGGAUAUGAGAGUUCGACCAUUACUUGAGGAUGCAUUAAAGGAAGCUUACGAGACACACAAAAAGACUGGCAAUAAAGUAGUCAUAUGUGGAAGUUUGUAUUUAGUUUCUGAUAUACUUAGACUGCACACGGCAAACCAGUGA